AUGGCAGAAGGAACACUUGCUUCUGCAGUCGCAGUGCCUGAGCAGGACAUCCUGGCUCCAUCUCCAGAUGCCGGCCUCAAGCGAAGAAAUUCAUCUACUACAGACCCGGAUCCAGAUAGCAAGCGUCGCCGAUUAAGUACCCAAGAGGAGAAUGAUCAUCCAGCAUCGGAUCGCAAGCCUUCGUUUUCAGAUACAGCAGAGCAGAGGCCGGACCGAAGGGCCAGUCGGCAAGCAAAUGGUCGCGAUGAGGAGCGCAAGCGCGGACAACGACUAUUCGGAGCACUACUCGGGACGCUUUCGCAGAGGUCCAGUACAGCAGCUGAGAAGCGGCGAGCAGACAUUGAACGGAAGCAACAAGAUAAAUUGAAACUUCAAGACGAAGAGUACGAUGAGUUGAAAAAGAAGAAGAGGGAGGAGCAAGUCGCACUUAGAAAGAAGCAACAGAGAUACUACGAAGAGGAAUCGAUGCGAACCCGGCACUCAAAUUUGUUGGCAAUGGCACAUUUCUUAAAGACGAAAUCGGAGCCAGUGCUGUACUACAAGCCAUGGCAAUUACGGCCCGAGGAUGAGGACUUAAUACGCCACCAGAUUGAGGAAGCAGAAGCUACCAUCUCCCGGGAGCGCGCUGAAUUCGAAGCACGUCGUCCUCCUCAGGAGGAGAGUGAGUCAAAGGAGGAAACAGAGAUCCGAGCUGGUAAUCAACAAGAAGCUCCGCAGCCCGACGUCGAUGUCCAAGAGCCCAAAGAUACGACCGAGGAAAGCUCAGACAAGGCCAGCGCUGAGACGAAUCAAGGCCAGAAUAUUGAAGCUGCUGUACCCGAAACUGUCAACGACGUCCCGGCAUCAGUCAACCACACCGGUUCAGAUGACCAUCGGGCAGCUGAUGACGAUGGGGGAGAGGUGGUCGAGGACAACGAGGAUACGGUGAUCUAUUAA